UACAUUAUUGUUGUUGUCAUGAAUUGAAUGCAUUUAUAGUUAAUUGAAAUUUAAUUUAAUUUAUUAUUCAAUACUAAUUGCUAUACAUUUGAACCCAAAUCGCCGUUCAUUUGCUUUCAAUCCAUUGUAUAUCCCAUCAUAUGUUGCAAGUGUUGACCACUCUUUGCAUCACAUGAUGGCAUCGAUGCAGAAACGACUUCAGAAGGAACUGCUGGCCAUUCAAAAGGAACCGCCGAUUGGAGUGACAGUGAAUGAGUCUAAUAUCGGACCAAAUCUAACCCAAUGGAUCGUCGACAUCGACGGACCGGUGGGCACACUAUACGAAGGCGAGCACUUCCAACUGCUAUUCAAAUUCAGUCCGAAAUAUCCGUUUGAUUCGCCGGAAGUGACAUUCAUGGGCGCCAACAUUCCAGUCCACCCUCACGUCUACAGCAAUGGACACAUAUGUCUGUCGAUACUAACUGAAGACUGGUCUCCCGCUCUGUCCGUUCAGUCCGUAUGUCUUAGUAUUGUAUCAAUGCUUUCGAGUUGUAAGGAGAAGAAGAGGCCUCCCGACAACUCAUUGUAUGUGAAGACAUGUUCCAAGAAUCCAAAGAAGACCCGGUGGUGGUAUCACGACGACCACGUCUGACAUUUGCUUCAUAUUAUAUUUUCAUUGCU